GAGUAAAUGAAUAGAGAAGAAUUGUUUCAAUUAGUUAUUUGAACAAAAUAUUCGGCACAGUAGUUUGGGUAAAUAUCGAUGCAGGACACGCAGAAGUCACCGUGGCGCACGCUAACACAACAAAUUCCUCCUUCCUCCAGUAUUCGUUUAGGAAUCUAACGCUAGUGGAGUCAAGCAACGUGUUGACAGGAAGCUGCAGCAACCACACUUGCAGUGACCAGCCCCCGCUCUGUAAUCAAGCUCAGCCGCUAGACUUCAGAAUGGGCCCCCAGCGCCGCCGGCGUGCUGACAACCACGAUGAUGACUCCUUUGGUGCGAGCAAGCGACUACGUGGAGGAGCACACAUUGGGUCUAAAAGGACUCUCUUCAAUAGUGAAUCCACUAUGUCGAGCUUUUCUGAGAAGCGCUGCCUUGCCCUCUUCCAGGAAUACACAACGGUGGACGACCCAAAAUUGAUGGGACCUGACGGUAUGGAAAAAUUUUGCGAAGAUAUUGGUGUCGAGCCUGAGAAUAUUGUCAUGCUAGUACUAGCGUGGAAAAUGGGUGCCAAACACAUGGGCUUCUUUAGUGAAGAAGAGUGGCUCCAUGGUCUCUCAUCACUUCAGUGCGACUCCAUUCAGAAGAUCCAAGGAAAGCUGGACUACUUGAAGUCUCUGCUGAAUGACCAAAAUCAGUUCAAGAGUAUCUACAGAUAUGCGUAUGACUUUGCUAGGGACAAGGAUCAGCGUAGUAUGGACAUGGCGACGGCAAAAGCUAUGCUGCAGCUCCUUCUCGGCAAGCAUUGGCCGCUGUGCGCAUCAUUCCACCAAUUCCUCGAGCAAUCCAAAUAUAGAGUGAUAAACAAGGACCAGUGGUGCAAUGUCCUGGAGUUCAGUCGCACCAUCAAGCCCGAUCUUUCCAACUACGAUGAGGAUGGAGCCUGGCCUGUGCUUCUGGACGAGUUUGUUGAAUGGCUGCGUGCGAGGUAUCCCCACCUACAUCGUGCUCCACACACAGCUGAGGACAGUAGCCUUCCCUCAUUUGGUGCAGCCUCGUGCAGCUGAGGGGAACUUGCCCUCUGCCACAUCCUCCUCUUCCUUCUGGAGUACCCCCUCCCUCUCCCAAACCAGUGGAGCACUCGGUCGGUGCCCCGCACCUUGACUUCUUCCUUCUUUUGCACUCCCGGUCUCCGCUGCAAGAGUACGGCACUCGAUGUCAAGAGGGCCAAAAUUGUUUUAAUGAACAGCUUCAGCCCUUGUCACCCUCUUGUCUUGCCUAACCGGCUUGUUUUCUUUAGUUAGGAACCGUACACACUACCUCUGUGCUGGACACCUGCGAAAUUUUGUUUUGUCUUUUUUGCCGUAUGGACAUUUCACUGUGACAAUUUUAUUAUUUUGUCUUGCAGGUUCGUUUUGAUUUCAAUGAGACGAAGCUUGAGAGAGUGCAUUUAAGUUGAGGAGGAGUCGUUUUUGAUUUAGUCAGCAUGUGCUGCAGUUGUCACGAAGUGGGUUGUUUUUUCUUUCGUCUUUUGUGGUCAUUCUCGUCUAUUUAUUCAUGUCGGAGUGGAGCAGCAUACAGCUUGCUUGCUUGCAUGCACAAUGCAUCUUGCGACAAGAGCAGAGGUUUAUCCAGAAGUUUUGUUGCCAUUGUGGCCAAAGGCAGUGCCAACUGCAAGCGAUGGCUUGCUCCCGUGAUCGGCACGCGUGCCUACAAACUGCUCUUUCUUUUUUUUUUGGUGAAACGUGCAUUUCCUACCCUCUUCCUGCCCCGAUGUGGUUCCCUCAACGAAAUUUUUUCUUCAUUUGAUAUCUUUGUUUUCCCGAUAUCCUCACGAUUACAAAAAGAAAAAAAAUUCUCAGGACACUCCUCCCGCCCGCGACUAGAGCUCUAGUUGGCGAACGCGCCACACCCCAGCAAAGAUAGUCAUCAGGUGUGGCCUAUCAUGUUCAAGCGCUGCUGUACUGUGCCCUCUUGUCUGCCACUGUACCAAAGGGUGUUCCCACUUGGUGUAGUCUACCUGUGCAAGCCUCUCAUUUUUAUUUUGGGAGGACAGUUCUUUUUAUAGAGUGUGUGCAUGGGCAUUUGGAGUGUGCGUUUUGUAUGAGGUGGGAAGCAGCAAGCAAGUACCUUAAGCAAGUCAACUUGCAUUUGUUGGCCAAGUAUGUAGCAGGGCGUUUUCACGACAGAGAAUUGGGCGAGUUGGUAUACGUUCAUGGCUGCGACAGCGCGUCUAAGGACAAGUAUGGUGUCUCUUUUUUUUUUUUUUUUUUGGCCCUUGUCUUUAGUUGCGCUGUUGCAGCCAUUAGGGCGUUAUCCCGUUGGAGUGUCGGUAAUUCAGGUGGCCUUGUUAGGUUUGGAUUGCAAAGAGUGCUGCUACAUUUAGCAAUUUGCCAUAGCAAGGCCCUACAAAGAAACUCUGAAAGGAACACAUUCCGUAGAUUGAACUUUCUAAGGAUUUGCUUUGACUAUAAUACCUUGCAAUGGUGUAGUACACUUUUUAACAGGUGCUGCUGCUCUUCCAAAAAAAAAAGUAUGCUGUAAUGAGACUGAACUUUUAAAGGAAUAAACAUUUGAACAUGCAAGUAUACAUUA